CGGCAGUGAGCGCGCGGUAAGGGAAGCCAUCUUUAGUGAGGGCGAAAUGCCCACAGUGGGCGCCCAGUCAUUUCACUAAUGGCGUGAACUCUGCCGCGCCCGGCCCGCUGCCACCAGUGACGGGUGCCCAGACGUCAUUUCACGUGCUCCGUCGGUCUCCCGGCCGCGGUAACCCUGCGCUGCCCUCUCUGACAGGCGGGUUUACCAUCCCGAAUCCAAGAUGGCGGCGCUGGCGACCCUGGCCUUGUAGCUCCCCCUGGCGGCGGGACAGGAGCAGGGGGCGGGGCAAACUGCGGAGCACACACUCCCCAGCACCAUUCUCUCCGGCGCCGAGGCUGAGCGCUGACUGCACAGACUGCCCUCCCUCACUCGCAGCCCGCCGCCCACAGCACGGGCUCUCAUGGCGCUCUGUAACGGAGACUCCAAGGUCAGUGCCGGCACCGGGGGUGGGGGACAGGGAGGGGGCUGAUGGCGGGGGCCCGGGCUCUGUCUGGCUGAGGCCUUGUGUCAGCGUGUGUCCCUGACAGGAGAGCCAGCAUCAGCAAGAACACCCAGCUCCCACAACCCUCAGCCAGCACGCCAAGAGUAAUAGGCAGGAUUGGUGGGACUGGCCCUGGCAGCCGGGCAUGCAUACAGCCCUCAGAUAUCAUGUGGGUAAUGCACCCCCAAAUCACCAUGCUGACAUGGGGUGCCCCCUGUAUGCUCAGGGUGUUAAACCAUAAUAACAGCCACAUGUUAAAUGGCCUCUGGGGUAUAAAGAUCACUGCCAGUGUCUGGGUCAUGCAUAAUCCACCUAUGGUUCAUUGAAAUGAUUAUUAUACCUGGGUACCUGUCUGACUUACAUUGACUUUCAGAUAAAUGAUGAAUAACUUUAAAUUCUCCAUUUGUUUUAGUUAUUAAUCUUUCCUAAUGAAUGAAGGUGUGCAGAUAGCUGUCUGCAUCUAAUAUGAGCUGUCCAACACGUGGGCAACAAUGUUUCAUUCAACUGCAUAGUUUGCUUUGUAUAUAUUUUUUUCUUUUUUUAUGAAAAGCUGUCAUAUCUCUUUAACAAAGAUAUAAAACGCAUGUGGCUAGAUUUAUAUUUUGUAUGUCUCUCUCUUUUUCUCUCUCCCUCACCCCCCAAUAUUUUUAUUGUCUUUAAUUUUUCCAGUCUAUAAUGAAUGUGGCGGCGAGGCUCAUUUUCCUGUCCGCUCAAACCUCCCACACCUCCCCACUCAAAGUCCCUACAUCGGCUACCAGUAAGAUAUAGGGCUCAAUUUAAAAUUCUGGUGCUUGCUUACAAGUCCUUGCAUAAAGCUGCUCCAACCUACCUAUCCUCCCUAAUACAUAAGUACGUUCCAUCGAGUGCCCUGCACUCUGCUGAACACCUACGACUAGCCCUCUGUCCGAUGCUCAUCUUCAAGACUUCUCCUAGGCUGCACCUUUCCUGUGGAACUCCCUUCCCUUCUCCGUUAGAUUUUCACCCAGUCUCCACUCCUUCAAAAAAUCAUUGAAAACUAACUUUUUCAGGAAAGCAUAUCAAUAAAACUGAUUUCCAUCCUUUGUCCCCAAUGACUCCUCUGACAACUGUCAAAAAUGACCUCCUAAGCCCUCAGUUGAAUACUUUUCUAACAACCUACUUCGUACCCCUACUUUUACUCUUUGUGUCACUAUACCCCACCCCCUCUAUCAUGUAAGCUCAUUUAGCAGGGCCCUCAACCCCUCUUUUCCUGUACGUCCACUUGUCUGGUUACAAUUAAAUGUCUGUUAGUCCACCUAUUGUACAGUGCUACAGAAUCUGAUAGCGCUAUAUAAAUUCUAAAAUAGUAAUAUGAUACAUUUAUGUUUCAGCAUAGCAAGAUUUAUAAUGCAAAGCAAAUGUAUAAUGUAAUAUGAAAAAUGCCAAAAAUCUCAUGUAACACACCCUCACAUAAAAUGCUGUAACUUUUUUUUAUCAUUUCUAGACAAAAUAUCAACUGCUGUGCAUAUAAAUACAAAUUUGUGUCAAUUUAUAAGUCUUUUUUUGUAAGGAGUAAUCUUUGUUUGUUGAUUUUUGGAGCCAGACAGGCAGGUGCAUUCUAAAGAUUUAUAUAAAUGCUUGGAACAUGGUGUAAUCAUAAGUGUUUCAGAGCUUGCUACACCUUGAGUCUUGCUCACCUUUGCUUUGUAUUAAUUAUGGUAUACUGUAUAUACUUUACAAAAUAAACUCUAGUAGUGUUAGGACCCCAAUACAUAAGUUUAUAAAAAUUAUUGUGCUCAUUUCUAGACUGAGCAUGGCACUUAAGGCUUGCCAAAAUAUUCCUUUUUGGUUAUUUUUUUUUCUGUUCACAAAUGUUUCUUCCAAUAUAUAAGAAAGUUGUGUAUUGACCCAUUAAGCAUCAUUCAAUCUUACAUUUUGAUUAAGGGGAAAUAAAUCCUUCAAAUUACAUUUUUCUUUCUCCUUUCUACACAUAUUAUACAUAUGUUUUAUUUUCUGAAUUCAAUUAAUAGUAAGAUAAAUCUGAAUAAGGCAGUAGAAAAACUGAAUAUUUUUGAGCAUUACAGAAAAGUCACCAAUGUAUUAAGCAUAUAUUAUAACUGUUUCAAUACACUAAAUUGUAUUAAAGUUUUAUACACUAGAAAAUGGUUCAUGCACAAAAAAGAUGCAAAGGUGAAUGUGACAAUUUCUAUAUAUGACUUCCAUAGUAUGGAAGGGUAUUUUAUUACUUCUCUUCACUUCAUUUUAUUUAUAUCAGCCUGAUGGAUUUUUAAUGUUUUUGGUGUGCUUUUUCUUUUCUGAUCCAUUAGUACUUGGAUUUCUGUCUGUGUUAGAAAUGGUAAUGCCAAUAUAAAUACAUAUGAAGGAUGAGAUUAUAGCAUUGUAAGUCCAGUGAUGCAGAUUAAUUAGUAUCUUGUAUCAACUUUUUAUUUUUUGGACUAACAUAAUUUUGGGAGAUCCUCCCUCUUUCAUGUCUGAAGCAAAAAACGAUACAUACAAUUCAACUUUGAAUUCUGACAUAGUAAUUGACCCAUUAAAUUCAAAGUUGACUUAUGGUACAGUGCAGAUAAAACACAAGUCUGGUUGUAGUAAGGAGGGGAAAAAAGGUAAAUAAAUGCUAAAAAAACAGGACUGGAUAUGUUUGAGAAGUGGAUGUGUGUGUGUGUGUAUAUAUAUAUAUAUAUAUAUAUAUAUAUAUAUAUAUAUAUAUAUAUAUAUAUAAAAAACUUAGAUUAAUAAUUUAUUAUUAUUAUUAUUGCCAUUAAGAUAGCGCUAACAGAUUCCGUAGCGCUUUAUAAUCUUAUUAGAAGGGGGGUUUAGCUAUAAAUAGGACAAUUACAAGAAAACUUACAGGAAUGAUAGGUUGAAGAGAACCCUGCUCAAACAAGCUUAUAGUCUAUAGGAAGUAGGGUGUAAAACACAAUUGGACAGGGGAUAGCAAUCAAAAUAGGUGGGAGUGAAGCAGAGCUGGAGGAGAGAGUAAAGUGCUGCCCUUCAGGAGAGAGCAAGAGACAGGUAUAGGAGGUAGAGGUUACUCUGGGAGGCCAUAAGCUUUCCUAAAAAGAUGGAUUUUAAGGCACUUUUUAAACGAUUGAAGACUAUGGGAGAGUCUGAUGGCGGUAGGCAGGCUGUUCCAUAGAAAGGGAGCCCCCCGCAAGAUGUCCUGCAAGCGUGAGUUGGCCAUACGGGUGCGAGUAGUGGACAGUAGAAGGUCACGGGCAGAGCGGAGAGACCGAGAAGGGGAAUACCUACGUGAAGAUAUAAGGGGCUAGAAUUGGUCAGUGCUUUAUUGGUAUGGGUUAGCAUUUUGAAUUGACUCCUAUAACAUACAAGAAGCCAAUAUAAGGACUGACAAAGGGGUGAGGUGUGAGAGGACCACUAGAGAGGAAAAUCAGUCUGUCUUGGGUUGUGUGUAAAUUGUAGACCACCAUAGGAUAAUGAGGCAGGGGUAGCUGUGUCAGACGGAGAGAGCCAAGUUUCAGUUACAGCAAGUAAGUUAAGGGAGUGUGAGAGGAAUGCAUCAUGGAUGGAAGUAGAUUAUGUUGCCCACUGAGCGUGCAUUCCAGAGGGCAGAAUGGAAGGAGGGCUUAAAGGGAUAGUUACAUGGGAUAGUUAUAAGAUUGGAGAGGUUUCAAGGGUGGUCACAAGGUAGGUGGGUAGAUGCAGGACCAGGGUUUGGAGAGACAUUGCCAGCUGCCAGGGGUAGAAUUGUAGAAAGUAAGAAUCCAGAAUGCAAUAAAGCAUCCAUCCAUCCAUCCAUACAUGCUUGGCUUACACCACACCUAGAAAUGAGCUUAAACCUGAAUAUCUGUCAUAGUAAUGAAAGGUUAAAUUACACUGACAAACUAAAUGUUUCAUUAAGGUCUACCCAUAGUGAAAGCAAGCAAAAUCAUUGAAUGCCUACAUUUUAUAAUGCAUUUUCACAGGUCAUUCGUCAUCCUAUUAAAAUUAACUUAAAAUGAAAAAGCAGAUUUCUUACUAAAUCUGUUGAACAUCUUAACCCCUUAAGGACACAACUUCUGAAAUAAAAGGGAGUCAUGACGGAAUAUUUCCGUCAUGUGUCCUUAAGGGGUUAAAUUUUAAACUAAGGAUUUUUCAAGACAAUAAAUUUAUGAAUGUAUUUAUACAUGCACUGAUAGACAAAUCCUCUGGCUUAUUAAUGACAUAAUUCCUGUUUUAAAUUUCUCUCUUAUUGGAUUUCUACUUGAAAGCUGCUACUUUAUUUAACCAGAAUCUAUCAAAAUAUACAGCAACAGAAUAUCCAAGAAUCCACAACGUUGGUCAUAAUGAAUCAAUUAAUUUACUUAAACAUUCCGUAAUUCAAACAAUACAAAUUACAAUACAAUAAUCCACAACAAUAAAACAUGAAUUUAUAACAUAUCUAUACUUCUAUUUACAAAUGUAACUCCUGCAUGAUCAUAUAUAGCUACCUUUUCUUUGAGAUCUACUGGGGUCUGAUGUUCUCUCCUCCCUGUCCCUUCUAUGUCUUACCGAACAGUUCCCUAGAUGUACAAUUGACAGACACUAGAUUUAACAUGGCACCAUCGUAAUUGGAUGGUUCCUGGGAUCGCAGUUUCCUUCCUGACCUUUGGCUACACAACACACACCUAACAUGCCCCUGGGGUCUUUCUCAUACCUAAAUACCAUAUGUGACCCUCUGGAAUCUCAGCAAGGUUAUCGUCAAACAUCUCCAUUGUCCCUUGGGUUGUGUGGACAGCAGUAUAGAUAAAACCUGUUUAUCUUGCCAUACCAUUGCCCUACAGCCAUCAUGCAUACUCCCAUUCACGCACAUUUUGAUAUAUUCCAUUUAUACAACAUAAAGCAAAGGGUUUAUAAAAUUAGCCAUUCAAUAGUGUAACAGUCAACCCUCUUGUGGCCCUUACUGGUCACACAUUAGACUGAUUAUGCAUAAAUCCCAUUAGUACACACAUCUCUCUCUAUUUAUUUUAAAACCUUGUCUAUAUAAAUAAUCAUGGCAAUAAUAUUUAUCAGCAUCCCUUGUGUUCAUUUCCAUCCAGGUAUUACCCUAAGCUCACAUUCCCAUCAUGCAACCAUUCUCCUACACCUAUGAGUAAAUAACAUCUUCCCCAACACAUAUUGUUAUAUACAUUAUGUUGCAAGAGAACCAUGAUAAUGUAUUCAUUCAUAUAUGCUGAAACAAAAAUAUGGAAUUGAGUUGUGACACGACCACCGCAUAGAGUUAAGAUUACUAGUUUGACACUUUAAGGGAUUUCACUCUUUCUUGGCCUGGCAUCUAAGGCUGUGAUGUAAUUUCUUGAAUAUAUAAUUAUAAGAAAAGCUCAACUGAAAGUGGGUGAGAAAUAAUGUGGUAUAAAAAGUACUGGGUGCUCUUAUGGAAAAAAAUCAGUUCCCACACGUUGUGUGUGUGUGUAUGCAUGUAUGUAUGUAUAUGUGUAAAAAAACUGCACAUAAUUUCUUACUAACAUAACACUAAUGAAAAUAAAACGCAAUGAUAAUCAAAUGACAUCAUAAGUCCCAAUGAUGUGACUGACUAGCUCAAUUCCCAUAGUUUAUAAUAAAAUUAUAUUAUUUCUGUUAUAAUUCUUCUCAUCAACAGCAUAGAAUAUAUUUUAAAAAACAAAAACAAAAAAAAACUUGCUUUUGGUCACUGGAGUUUUGUAAUUCUGGGGUGUGUCAGGUCACAGAUGUCAAUCAUGGAAUACUAGUAUUACUGGGUUAAAAGAAAAACAUCUAUAAACUGAAGUGCUUUUGGGGUGUGGAGUGGUCCUAUAUCAUUUUUACUGACAUCACAAUUUUAAGGAGCACUAAUUUUUGUACAUAAAGGAGCAAAAAUCUUGCUAUUAAUAUCAAUAAUAUAAAAAAAUCAAAGAGGAGGGGAUUUGGACCGCCUCUUAAAACAAAGGGAGUCUUUCUGGAUCUAUACAUUAAAGACUUUUGGAUCUGAAUGAAGGGUUUACAUAUACUCCAUUCUUGCACUAAUUCCUCUGGAUACAUAGUUUGUCUAGAAUCUGUCUUUAAGUUUAAUAAGGAUCCAGUUUAGUCAAUUAAACCAUCAUAAAAAUAAAUAUAUAGAGUAAGUUUUUAUUGGGUAUUUUCAUGGUCACAUUUUUUUUCACUUGAUUAUUUUUAUUUAUCUUGUUGUCUCCUGUUUUUUUCAUUUUAUUGACUCCAGAGUAUAACUAGUAGGCAACUCUAAUGUAACCUUUAGUAUCUAAUAAUUUUUUAAAAAUUUUUUUUUUAUCAAUAUAGAUAAAUAAGUUUUUCAAGCUGAGAUACUUUUUAUUGCAACAUAAAAUUGACGCAAUGAUUGGAAUUGAAAUGUUGAAUAUAAUUUUCCUAUUGAGUACUCUAGGUCUUUUGUGUCUUUAUAUUUGUAUCUCUUUAUGAUCUGCAAUAUUAUCUUUUACACUGAGCGAGCGGAUCUUUGCGCUCCUUUAAUGUCAUUUUGAUGUCCAGUGGAGAGUUAUUACCUCCUCUAUAUUGAAUAAUCUCGAGACAGCAGUGUAUCGUAUAUGGACAGAUCUCAUUACAGUAAGCUGUGAUGUUUAACAGGUAUGGAUCUUUAGGAUUGCUCAGAACAGUUGUUUACAUUCAUUUCUUCCACGCUGUAUUGUUUAGAGAGAAUCACCUUCCCUAAACACGCUCCUCUUUUACUGGAAUUGGAUGACCCAUCUAGAGGGGCGUACCUAAUGAAUUUGCGCGGACAUUUAAAAUGGAGCUUUCACUCAUAAGACUUUUGAUUUACGCAAGGAAAUACCUUUAACUAUUUCGUCAUUUUUGAACAUAUCACUGUAUGUUCGGGUUGGUGUUGGCGAUUUAAUGGUGCGUUUUCAAAGGCUGCAGGGCAACCAAUCAACAAGCGUUUGACUCGUGUGCCCUUAGAAGCCAUCACAGCCAUGCCUACUAAAGGCAUGGCUGUGAUUGGCCAGUGCAGCAUGUGACCCAGCCUCUAUAUAUAAGCUGGAGUCGCGUAGCACCACACGCACAUGAGGUCUUAUUAGUGUAGGGAGAGGAUGCUGCCGCUGAUAGGGAGAGCUUAGGAAAGAAUUCUGCAAACUAGUACAUUAGUGCGGUGCACUUCAUAUCUGAGAGUCAAAUAGAAGCGUCAAAUACUGUGGUUACAUCAGAGUUUUAAAACGUCAAUUUGUUUUUUGGGGUGCUGAAAAGUACAUUAGUGGGGUGCACUUCAUAUGUGAGAGUCAAAUAGAAGCGUCAAAAACUUCUAAUUUUAUGGGUGCUAAUCUGCUAAAUAGUACAUUUUGGGGCAUGCACUUCAUAUCUGAGAGUCAAAUCGAAGCGUAACUUUGAUUCGAAUUUACUACAUCGGUCACUUGUAAUAUUGUUUCACACCUACAACACUUGUUACACUGAUCUAAGUGAUAGAAAAUCUCAAUCUGUUUUCUACACUAGAAACUACCAGAUAACAAGCUGCUAUAUUUAAACCAGUUAUCAAUAGCUAAGAGGUACUUAAACAAUAUUGUAAUUCUAGGGCACUACCCUUACAAGUCAAACUGAGAGGUCAGUUUAUAGGGAAAACUGUUGCCUGGAUACAAUUCUAAAACCAUUUCCAUAUGUCCUUUGCAGACCUUACAUGCUGGAAAAACACAGGUGUCAACUGCUGUGGCUUUCUACAGUGUGCAUACUGGCAAGGAGGGCAGGGUUGAGGAGUGGGUGGAAGAUGAUGUGGAGGAUGAUGAGGUCCUAGACCCCACAUGGAAUCAGGGUCAUGCGAGUGACGUGUGCAGUUUGGAGGAAGAGGCGUUGGUCGCACAGAGGCACCAGCGCAGCAUAAGAGGGAGCAGGGUGCAAAAGUGGAGCGGCAGUCCCCUAGUGCUCGUCGGCAUGUAUUAUCUUUAGAAUUCCCACAGUUAUCCAAGUAACAGUUGAAGCGAUAAAAAGAACCAUAACCGAUUUGACAGUUUUGUAGCCCGGUGACAGGGACCGAGACACAUUUGUUUGCAGCGCACUUGUCCUAAUCUUACACCCAUUUUACUUCCUUUUGCAGCCCUCUAGGACUUUUUUAGAGGCAUUUCUGUGGCCAAAAGUUCGGGUCCCCAUUUACUUCAAUGGGGUUCGCUCAUGAACCCUGACUUUUUUUCAAAGUUCGGUCGAAUCCGCUGGACCCGUACAUCCAGGUGUCCACUCAACUCUACUCUCUACCUACUUAUUGGUGUUCAGAUUUCGUGAUUAGACGUCUGUUUUGACAAUUACAAUAUUUUGUUGCCAGCAGCAUGUUAUGGUUUAUAUAAGUGUCAGUUCCGCUCGUCUGAUAGUCUGGGAGUACAUAUUCUCAAUUGAGUGACCUUACCGGCAGUUAACCUGAGUUGCAGAGAUCAGUGUGUGUGUGUGUUGUUGUUUUCCUGUACUGUUCUUCUCUCCUGUAGAAGGGAAUAGACAUGUUCUGGGCGAGAGAGGGGAUGUAGCUGCCUCAAUUCUUCCAUCUUCAAUUCUAUUUGGAUGGAACACCCUAUUAUUGUGUGCACCCACAACUUCCCUUGAGGCAAUAGGUACUCUGUGUGAUUCAGUCAAAUCAUGGUCUCAUUCAUCUGCAAACCUUUCACUAUCCCAUUCAUUGACUGAGUUUGCACAUGCAGGAGCAGACAUUUUGCUUUUUAAUUCCUGCAAUACUAUAUUCUGAUCUUGCAAAACAAUUAUUGAGCUUCCAGGUACAAUGGAGUACUCUGAACGUGCAUUUGAUGGCACUUGUGGGAAAAGGUAGGCCUUUACUUCUGUUAGCUCAAUGGAGCAAACAGAAGGUGGAAGAAAGCAGACAACCAGGUAGGUGUUUACUAUAUUUGUAAAAGUGCAGAUUUCUUAAAGAAAUAAGUACUUUCAGGAAUUGCACUUAAACGCAAGCUGAAAUGCUGUAUGUGUGGGCAGUGAUCCUUUAAGGUAGGGGUUGUACAUCAAACCCUAUUUUGGUUUAUUAGAACCUAGUGAAUGAAUUCCGUCAAUUUAUACGGUUUUAACAUAAAUCUUGUACUAAUUCAGGUGUGCUUGAUUUCUCCUUGGUUUGAAGCAUAAGCAAAGGUCCCUGUGAUGUUAAUUAGAGGCACUUAACUUCGCUCAAGCACAAGUCAAGUACUUCCCCAGCAAUUUAUAAAACAUUCAGUAAAGUUGAAAUCUUUGUGAGCUGCUGUUGGUUUUGAUUCGGCUAAUUUCACUUUGGAUUGACACACCGAAAGUUUUCUCAUUCCCUUAAUUCAUUACGUGGGUCAUAUGUAGUAAACCAUUGCACUUGGCACAAUUAAUUUUUUUAUGUUAAGAGCCAUUAACAGGGUUAGAAAACCCCCAGAAAGCGGAUAUAUUUCACUGUAACAGAUCUGACUAUUUCUAUUGUAAUGCACAAAAAAAUUACUUUAAUUUUCUAUGUCUUCAUGAAAUGCCUUCAGUCUAGCCAAUUGGGUUUGAUUUAUUUUUACAUAAAAAAACAAACCUAUAACCCCUGUGUUUUAAUCAUAAUGACCAUUGUGUGUUUUGCCACGUUGACAUCUGUUAAAAUCAUUUAACCCCUUAAGGAUGUGUGACAUGUCAUGAUUCCCUUUUAUUCCAGAAGUUUGGUCCUUAAGGGGUUGAAGACCCUAAAUGAGCUUUAUCCAAUAUUUGUUGUUUUGCCAUGUGACAAGCAUGCGUUGCACCAUCCUGUUUUGUCAAUGGGUCUUGGUAGCGGUAUAUAAUUUAAUUUCUCUACAUUUUAAUUUGCAGCAUGUGAUAAAACCUUGAACAAUCACUGGUUUGUUAAAAACCUCCCCUUAUAAUUACCAUUUUUUUUAGUCACAUGCUUCACUUUGUGUCUAUGUAGUUUCAGUUAGCUUUGUACUAAGAUGCAGUUGAUACCUUAUGUAAUUUCCUGCAGUGUUCUAUGAACCUUUCGUUUAAAAACAAUGAAGGUUUGUAACUGUCUUUCUGAAACUUUAACUAAGUCAUUUAUUGCAAUAACUGAUUGGCAUUGCGUUUGUAACAUUUCAGAGUACAUUUCUUGAGUUUGGAUAUGCAAUAUUCUGUCAAAAGGAUAACCUUUUAAGUUCAUGCUAUAUAUUUUUAUGAUUAUUUUUCUUUUUAGUUGGAUAAAACAGAUGCAGAAGUAAAGGAUGGCCUGCAUCGCUACGAGGGAGCUAUUGUGAUUUUAGAUGCUGGAGCUCAGUAUGGCAAAGUCAUCGAUCGGCGUGUAAGGGAGUUCUUUGUUCAAUCCGAAAUAUUUCCACUAGAAACACCAGCUUUUGCCAUUCGAGAGCAUGGAUUCCGGUAAGACCUGCUUUUUAUGCUUCAUUUAUGCUAUUCAAUGUAUAUGUUCUGCAAAGGGCUUUCCAAAUUGAGCAAAUUCAUCGGCAGGCGUUGCAUGGUUGGCACUGAAAUGCUUUAGAAAGACUGAUAUUGAAGUAGAUCUGAAAUUUCACCCAGAUAUAUAGGACCAAAUCUGUUCCAUUCUUUAUUUGUACAAAUGAAUUUUUUGUUGUUAAUGUAUCUGGUAUACAUGAGAAUUCUGCAUUAUUUUUUGGUUUGUUCUUCAUAUGGGCACAUGUCAUAAAGCUACAUAUCUGCAGCUGGAAUGCUACCCAUACCUGUACUGUUUGUAUACUUUUAUCAUACUGUGUGUUUUUUUUUUUUUUGUCUUGUUUGUUUUUAACCAAGAAUAGUGUUUUAAUGUUUUCACAUUACAUAAAAUAUGGACAUAGGGACACAGAAGCAUGAGAUAAUAUACAAGGUAAAGCUCAUCUCAUGUGCUCUUUUGUUUUACCCUACAGAGCAAUCAUCAUAUCUGGAGGACCAAAUUCUGUUUACGCUGAGGAUGCCCCUUGGUUUGACUCUGCAAUAUUUGCCAUUGGCAAACCUGUCCUUGGAAUAUGCUAUGGCAUGCAGGUAUACAUUAUAGUAUUAAUAUAGUCUUUCUAUAGUUUAUAAAAUUCUUGGUUAAUUAUUCCUUAUCAGUGUUGGUACUCUGAAGUUGUUGUAAACUUUAUGUUGUUCUCUGGUUUGUCUGUGAAGUAUAAAUUAUUAAAACGUAAGAGCUCCAUUACAAAAACUAAAAAUCACAUGAUAUCAAAUGAAAAAAUUAUGAACAGUAGUGGCUAGAGUCUACAGCCCUAGAGGGAUGGGCUUCAACCCUUGUGUGAACCAAUCAAGAUAAAUAAAAAAAACAAAAUGAUUGGUUAAAUCCUGAAUAGCUCAUUGAGCUGCAAAUUUAAAUAGAAAAAGGUUCAAGGAAACUAUUAUUUUAGUAUAAGAAACAACAGUAAACACAAAAAAAGUAGACAAAUGGGCAUUUCUGCAUAAAAGGUAAGGUAAAACGUAAACACUGUAUCUGGGGGAGUUAACCCCUUAAGGACACAUGACGUGUGACAUGUCAUAAUUCCCUUUUAUUCCAGAAGUUUGGUCCUUAAGGGGUUAAAGGGCUAGAGUAAAUUUUUUUAAAUGAAAGUCUGAUAAACUAAAUAGACUAAUGUAAACAACCACCAUUAUUGAACCCACAAGGCCUGAAUGAGGGCUUUUUCUUCUCCCCUUUCAUAUGAUUUUGUUUUAGUACUUACCAUAUUUGUAUCAUCUGCCAUGCUUAUAAAUUGAAACACUUUAAUGUAAAUAAAGCAGGUUGUUUACCUUUAGAACAAUAUUUUAAAGUACUUCCUUUUUUUUUUUUUUUUUUUGGAAGUUUACAUUUAGUGAAACUCAACACAUUCGAAAUUUCCCUGAAAUUGGGUAAUAACUACCCUGUCUUCACCUUCUUGGUGAUGUAUACUUUCACUAAAUAAGAAUCAAAUCAAUGUGGAUUUUCUGAGGACUCGCUAACUGCAAAUCUGCAACAAGGGAGAGGAGAGUGUGUCUCAACUGAACAUUGUAGAACUCUGAAACAAAACCUAAUUUUGACAUCUACCGUUCAAACCUCCAUCCCCCCCACCCUAUCCUCACUCUACCUACGGGUAGUGCUUGACAUUGGGCACCCCUUUUUGCCAGUCUUUCGAUUGGCCCCCUGUACCAGUGUUGGUAAUUUUUCUAAUAGGGCUCCUAACAUGGUAGGGUUAUUAGUUACACUCUUAUUAAUCCAGUAUUUUCAUUUUUUUACUGUAUUUUCCAGUUUAUUUUUCCAUCUCUUUAACAAUAAGCCUAUCAGACAGAAUUAUCCUCCAAUUACUUUACCUGGGAAGGGCGUCUUUAGACUGUCUCUAUGCCCCCUUGGUGAUGGUUUCUAGAGGGGAGGUUAAUAGUGGAGUACCUUCUUCUCUGUUUCCAGACUCCUUUUGUCUUUUUCUCCUCUCAGUCCGUCCAGUUUGCAUGCAAGUAAGCUUUUCUUUUCUUUUCCUUUAACGGCAGUUUGGAUCCCUUAGAAUCUUACUGGGCAUUUUUAGUUUUGUUAUACUAUUAGUUUCUCAGACUUUCAUUAUAAGCGUUUCCCUUUUGCCCUUUCUCUCCUCCAAUUACCAUAAAUGUAUUCCUAGUUUACAUAUUUCCUUUUUAAUGCAGAUAUUCCAGUUUGUCUCCUUUGUGGUAAUCAUUUUAUAUUUUUAUAUCUCAAAGUUUCUCAAUAAAGAUUUUAUUUAAAUCUGCAGCCCAAUAGAUUUCUCUCUUAUUUAUUUAUCUUGAUUGUUUCAAAUGAUAUCAAAGAUAAAUGUUUAACAGCUUACUGUCAGAUGGUGUCAGGGGAUUCAUGCAACCUUAACUGCUGCAGAGCACUGUAGUGCUUUUUAUAUGUGGAAUGUUUCCUUAGAGAAACACUUCAAGCACCAUAACCACUACAGUGCACUGAAAAACCAUGUAGGUAAAGCUCCUUGAAAAACAUAAAGUAGUAAGUAGAACCAGUGUUUUUGGUUUUUCUUAUGGGCUUCACCAAACCUUAAAGCAUCUGUGCUACUUUGACAGGAACUCUUCAAACAAGUUUUUAUUUCAAAUCCUUUUUUGUUGCUUUUUUCCUACAAAUGCAUAUAUAUUUCUGUAACGUGUUUUUGGUUUUUUUUGUCGUUUUUAUAUAGAUGAUGAACAAAGUGUUUGGUGGCACUGUUCAUAAGAAGAAUGUGAGAGAAGAUGGGGUCUUCAAUAUCACUAUUGAUAAUACAUGUUCUCUGUUCCGGUAGGUGUUUUCUAACACAAGACUUAAUGGUCUAAUAUUUUAGGAUGUUUAACAAUAUUAUAGGUAAAACAACUUUUGCUUAAUACAACAGUUUGGGUGUGUAGAUCAUGCCCUGUCAGUCUCACUGCUCAAUUCUCUGCCAUUUAGGAGUUAAAUAAUUUUUGUUUCUGUAAAUGCAGCUCUAGCGACAGCUCCCCUGACUUUAACUGAUAUAGCCUGCAUGAGAAAUGGUUUACCUUUCAAACAGAAGUUUAGAAGUUUUUAUCUCCUGCUUUGUAAACUGAACUUUAAUCACAUACAAGAUGCUCCUGCAGUGUCUAGAAGGCUUUUAACAGUGCAGCAGAUAAGAAAUUCUAGAUUACAGACUGCGCAAUAUAGGAAAUUUUAAAAUUGGAUCUCUUUUUUUUUUUUUUUUUUUUACAAGGAGUGUUUAUGCUGUUUAAGUCACAUACAGGGAGGUGUGACUAAGGAUGCAUAGACAAAGGGAUAUAACUCCUAAAUGGCAGAGAAUUGAGCAGUGAAACUACAGGGGCACUUUUUUUUUUCCACCAAAACUGCUUCAUUAAGCAAUUUUUUUUUAAAUAUACCCACUUGAGAAAAUAUGCAUAAUUAAAUUCAUGCAUUUUUUCCUUGGAGCAUAUCUACUAAAUAGUUAUUUAUUUAUUUAUUACACACUUCUAGCCAUACUGAUUCCUACCUGAGGGGGCUCAGUCUCAGCUGACUGCUUUCAACCUAUCACAAGCAGCCCUUUGCUGCUCAGGCUAGUUACCCCCAGCACAGAGGGGAUGGGACUCUCUUUGUAAAAAUAGUUGAAUGCUAAAUGGAAGAAUUGUGCCAGAGGACCCAGACAUUAUAACCACUUCAAUGAGACGAAGUUACAGUGCCUCUUUAAAGUGGUGCUGGUGUGUUUUUAUUUUAUUUUUAUCCCUCCCCCUCCCGGUUUCAGUUUUACUUUGCUUUUGCCCCAUGUAGCUUAAUGUCUAUACUGGCUGCAUGCCUUCAUAUUUUCUUUUUUUGAUUGUGCUGUCUCUGUGUUUUGUUCUCCUCAAUCCAUGAUGUCAUGCUGUUUUGUUCUUCUGUGGAAUUCUUUUGAUGGAUUGUGGAUAAAUAAGCUUACCAACUGGAAUGUAACUUUACUAAAGCUCUGCCAAAGGCAAAAGAUCAUACUCCCAAUAAAAAAGCAGCCCCAACGUCAUCUCACAUACAACUAAUUAACUGAAAAAAGGUGAAAGACUCUCAAAAAGGAUUUAUUUCAAAACAAAACCAGGAAAGUGGCAGUGCUUCUUUAGCAAAAUACUUAUUUUGUGUUAUUUUGUAGGUACACAUACAAAUAUAAUACAUAAUGGCAUGCCAUUGUUUGCUACAUUUAUUUUUUUAGCUAGAUUUAACGGAUUUAAAAAAAAAAAAAAAAAAGUUUAUUUUCUUCUGGAUAUGGAGAAAAGAAGUGAACUUUUCCUUGCUUUUAAAUGGGCUGAGGGGAGGGGGUGGGGGGGGCAAGCCACCUUAAAGGAUCACUACAGGGUCAGGAAAACAAACGUGUAUUCCUGACCCUAUAGUGUUAACACCACCAUCUAGCCCUCCUGGGCCCCUCAUGCCUCCAUAAAUAUAGUAAAAAUCUUACUGUAUUCAAGCCUGAAGCUGUAUGCUGUUAGACUCAGAAAAACAAGCAGUCUGCUGACAUGUGGUAGCCUGAUCCAAUUACAGUGCUUCCCCAUAGGAUUGGCUGAGACUGACAAAGAGGCAGAUCAGGGGCAGAGCCAGCAUGAUUCAAACACAGCCCUGGUCAAUCAGCAUCUCCUCAUAGAGAUGAAUUGAAUCAAUGAAUCUCUAUGAGGAAAGUUCAGUGUCUGCAUGCAGAGGGAGGAGAUACUGAAUCACAGGAUGCUGUGCACAGUGCUGCCCUGUGCUCUGCUGACAGCAGAUCUGAGUGGAUGGAGGCAUAUUAUGCCUCCAUCAACUCCGAAGUCCCUCUGGUUCACUGAGUGACUGCAACUGGAGGUGUUCCUAGCUUUCAAUGUAAACACUGUAUUUUCUCAGAAAAUACAGUGUUUACAUGAGAGAGGCUGCAGGGAGCUAUAGUUCUCACCUGAACAACCUCAUUAAGCUGAAGUUGUUCAGGUGACUAGUGUCCCUUUUAAUGGUGGGUUUAGCCCUAUAGGGUCAUGAAUACAUGGUUGUAUUACUGACCCUAUAGUAUUCCUUUAAUAGUUUUUCAUUUGUUAAUAUAUUUAUUGGAAUGUUUCUUUAACAAAGCAAUGUGGCAGUCACUGUAAACGACUAAGCUGUUAAAUAUCAACUCAUAUUGUGAGAUUUCUGCUAAAAAUGUCCUCUUCUGUUAAUUUUGUCCUUUCAGGGGCCUGCAAAAAGAGGAAGUAGUGCUGCUGACCCAUGGAGACAGUGUAGACAAAGUGGCUGAUGGCUUUAAAGUUGUUGCACAAUCUGGAAACAUAGUAGCCGGUAUGUAGCUUGUUACCUCAGGUCAUGUAAGUGGGAGAUUUAACACUUUGCACCCACUUUUUAACACUUUGCACCCAUUUCCAGAUAUAACACAACUAAUUACUUAUUUUAUAAAUGUGUAAUUGAAACUAUCAAGAACACUUGUUCAGCUUUAGUUUAACCCUGAUGACCCAAUAAGAGGAUACAGUACAUUUGUCGUCUUUUUUUUUUUUUUGUGAUCCUUCCACAUUGCUCCAGUGCUAUAGUAUCCUCACAGAAGUGAGUGUUGCACAUCUGUGACACCCACAUUCAGAUCACCCUUAUUCUUCCCACAGUUCUCUUGGAUUUGCCAUGCUUGAGGACAGUUACCCAAAUAGGGAAAACAUCAUGUGUGACCCCUAAAGCAUUGCUAGCACACUGGAACAGAGUGAAGCCAGUCACUUCUUUCCUUUACACCUUUUCUAAACUUCUGUAAAGGAUAUUUGACAAUAUUUAGACUGGACAUAAUUCUUUAUCACCCAUUGGAAGAUGUUGCUUAUAUGAAAACACUUUGCAGCUAAAAUGUGGAUGCUCAUGUAUUCAUGAUUUUAAUGUUCAAUACAAUUUUUUUUUUUUACUUUUUAAUUAAAAUUGAGUUUCGUGGUUUUUUUAAAACUUUUUUUUUCAAAGUUUUUAUUUGAAACUAUUUUCAAAGUACAGACAGUAGCAGUGUAUAAUAACAUGUUAUACAUUUCCAUUGGCUUAGUUAUAUAGACAAUUUGUUAUACAGUAAAACAGUGGAGACAUACAUGGUGAUUAGUAACCUUUGAAUUAUUCACAUGAAAGACAUUUAUAUCAUACAUUCGUUUUAUUCGUAGACAUCUUGUGUAGUUGUGAUGGUCAUUUGUAGUUUAAUGAAUAUUGAGUGUUUGGGGGUAUGUAAUUACCCAAAGUCUCAGGUUUCUCUUAGGAACUUAUCCCACGGAGACCACGUCUUGGUGAAUACCCCAUAUAUGUGUGUAUGUGUAUAGGAGAGUUCCUCCAUUGUUCUGAUGGAGUCUACUUUGGAAAUCCAUUCUCUGAUAGUCGGAGGUUUGGUCUGUUUCCAUUUAGUCGAAAUCAGGUUAUUUGCCGCUGUGAGGAGGUGGUUCAGUAAGGUACUUAGUGGUUUACUUAGUGGGGUUGGAUAGAGCAGGAAUAUUAGUGUUUUGUGGUGUCUGUGGGAUUUUGUAUCCCGUGAUUGCUGUUAUUAAGGUGGUUAUUUCCCCCCAGUAUUCCUGUAUGAUACUGCAAGACCACCAGAUGUGACCCGUAUUCCCUUCUGUGGAUUUGCAUCUGGGAAAAAUGUAUGUAUUCGGGUGAGAGUAAAAUGCCAGCGGCUAUGCGUUUGUAGUUGCUUUCAUGGGUGAUUUGAAGACGUUUUGUAAAUAUCCUUCCCCAUUCAUCAGGAGUGAAUGUGAUAUGUAGAUCAUUUUCCCAUGAUUUUUUAAAGUCUGGGAGAUGCUCUUUCGGUUCUGUCCGCAAGAGUUUGUAGAAUGUAGAAAGGUGUCUCUUUUAUACCGACUGGGGGAUGUAAUUGUUUCGAAUGCUGUGAGGUGUCUGGAUCCAUGAAGGAGGUGAGGUUGUGAAUGAAGUGCGUUAGUUGUGUAUAUUUAUCUCCGCAUCGCUGACCUUUUGGGCUUGGGUACUAUUUCUGAAUAUGGGAUGAUUCCUUUAUCAUUUAUGACGUCUAGCAGACAUAGUUGUCCUGGCUCGUUUGUGAAGCCUUGGAAUGUGGUAUGAUGUAGUCCUGGUGUGAAUUGUGGGUUCCCUGUUAUUGGGAAUAGGGGAGAAGGGUGUGGUGCUAUUGCGUUUCCCGUCUUGAGGGUGGUCCAAUAUUUUAAGGUGGGGAGUAUGGUGGGAUGUGUCGUGUGAGGUGGGGUCAGUAGGUCCGUGCCGGAUUCGUACCACGGCACUGUGUGGAUGGGGACCUUGAAGCUUUGUUCUUCGAUUUGCACCCAUUGUUUCUGGUUGUGUGGGCGUGUCCACUCGUAUAUUUGCGUGAGUAUUGUGGCUCUGUGGUAUAUUUCUAUGUCGGGUAAUCCUAGGCCACCCUGUUCUUUAUUUCUCGUGAGAAGUUUGUAUUGGAUCCUAGGAUGUUUCCCUGCCCAUAGGAAGGUCGAAAGGAUGCGAUUGGUGUGGAUGGAAGUUUAAUGGGAAGUGUUUGUAGUAUGUAUAAAAAUUUCAGGAGAAUAGUAAUUUUUAGGAUGUGUGCAUAACCAUCCAAAAUGUGGUUUGUUCCAUGUUUUUAAGUCUUUUUUGACACUUUCUAGUAGGGGCAGGUAAUUGAGGUCAUAUGCUUUUGUUAGUGGGGUAAUGAGCUGCAAUCCUAGGUAUUUCACUGAGGAAGAUGGCCAUCGGAAGGGGCAUGUAGAUUGGAGUUUUGUUUUAGUUGUGGCUGCCAUGCGUAGGGGAAGAAUUUCGCUUUUACCAACGUUAACUGGUAAUGAAAUUGGACACUUGAUUGUAUAGGUCUAUCUCUCUGAGUAGGUGGGGUUGAUGAGUGUGAAAAGGUCGUCUGCGAAAGCAGAUACUUUGUAUUCCCUGGCAUGCCUUGAAUGUUCGGGUUGUCUCUGAUACCUUGUAGAAAGGGUUCCAGUGUUAAGAUGAAGAGGAGAGGGGAAAGCGGGCAUCCUUGCCUGGUCCCAUUAGCUAUGUGUACUGUGUCAGAGAGCCGUCCGUUUACCCGUAUUUUAUCCCCAUGUUAGCUGAUAUCCAGGAGAGCCAAUUCGGGCCAAAACCCAUUGCUCGCAUAGUCGCCUUCAACAGUGACCAGUCCACCCUGUCAAACGCCUUUUCGGCGUCGACAGUUAGGAUGAUGCUUUGCGUGUUGAUUCCAUCUGCAAGAUGAGAUUAAGUAACUUGGUCGUAUUGUUUUAGGCUUCCCUCCCCGGCAUGAAACCUGCCUGGUCCGAGUGGACCAGGUCCACCAGGAGAGGCCUGAGGCAGUUCGCAAGAAUUUUUGUGAACAUUUUCAAGUCUAUGUUUAUUAAGGAAAUUGGUCUGUAGCUUCUACAUUCUGUAUGGUCUUUACCUGGUUUGGGUAUGAGUGUUACAUGGGCUUCUAGGGCGUAUUGGGGUAAUGUGUGGCGCUUUGUGAUGGAGUUGAAAGCCUCCACAAAGGGUUUGGUUAGUGUCGAGGAGAAGGUUUUAAAAUACUUAGCUGUGAAUCCGUCUGGCCCUGGGCUCUUUCCUAGUGGUAGGUGUUUAGUAGCCAUGACAAAUUCCUCUGAGAUAGGCAUGUCAAAGAUAUUGUGAUAUUGGGGGGUAUUGUCUGGGUAAGCCGUUCGGAUAGGACAUUUUUGAUGCCUUCCGGGUCAGGUGGGUGUUGUCUGAGGUUGUAUAAUUGUGAGUAGAAGUUAUGGAAUUCCUUAAAAAUGUCGGGUAGGAGUGUAGUGACUUUCCCUGAUGUCUUAAUUGGGAUAUGAAUGUUUACUGUUUGCUUUGUUGUAAGGCUCUAGCCAAUAGGCGUUCUCAUUUUCCUCAGAGUAUAGUGUGUAUGUUUCGAGCAUGUAAGCGUACGGUGUAUUAUGUUCAAUCCAAUUUUUGUAUGCUUUAAAUGUGUUGUCUAUUAAUAUUUCCUUUUGUAUGAAGUUCUAUUUCUAAUGCAUAUUAUGGCAAGCAGAUCGCUGUACUAAAUAUUCCAUUUCAAUGCCUUUAAUAUAAUGCUGCUACAUUAUUCAAAUUUGUUUGAGAAGCGACUAAUUGUGUUUUUUUUUUUUAUUGACACUCUAAAGGAAUAGCCAACGAAGCCAAAAAGCUUUACGGAGUGCAGUUCCAUCCAGAGGUUGGCCUAACAGAAAAUGGAAAAGUAAUGUUAAAAAACUUCUUGUAUGAUGUUGCUGGCUGUAGUGGGACCUUUACUGUACAAAACCGAGAAAUUGAAUGCAUUCGGGACAUUAAGGAAAAAGUUGGCUCUUCUAAAGUUCUGGUGAGUGGUUUGACGUGACUGCAUCAACAUCCAGCAUUCAGUAUUAAUGUAGCAUUUUUCCAUUGAUUUCAGGCUGUACUGCUUUCCUUGUCCAUGCUACCACACUUAUUAAUGUAUCACAAGCUUUUUGCUAGAUUUCAUAAGAAUAGUUUCUCAAAAGAGUAGGUUUUUUAUUUAUUAGUUGGUUGAUUUUUGUUUUUUUUGUUUAAGGCUUAGUUAAUUUAUUUUUAUUUAUUUUUUCUUAACUGUAUUUUGCAGGUUUUGUUGAGUGGUGGAGUGGAUUCAACAGUAUGCACAGCUCUCCUGAACAAAGCCUUAAAUAAAGAUCAGGUUAUUGCUGUGCAUAUAGACAAUGGAUUCAUGCGGAAAAGAGAGAGUCAGUCAGUGGAAGAAGCUCUCAAAAAGCUGGGAAUCCAAGUCAAAGGUUAGUUUAUUUUAUAUAAUUUGAACUCCAUAAUAUCUAUGUUGGGCUAAAAGUUGUUUUUGAGUUUGUUUUCCUUUCUUAUAUUCCUCAUUUAUGAAAAUGAAAUCCACAUUUAAGCCUUUCCUUACAAUCAGGGUAACUGUUUAAUUUUGCUUGUAUUUGACAUACACAACAAAUACUUCCAAAUAAUUUUCAGUUUUAGAAGAAAUAAAAAAAUAGAGCUGCUGAAUUUUAUUUAAUUUUUUGUGUAAAGGAACAAAAGUUUCUAGUAGGUGUUAAACAAUGUCUUAUGGCAGCCACGUGGCAUUCAGUGGUCCAAAUCCGUUUCAGCUGUAAAUGUGCCGUGUUAAAUGGCUAUUUACAAAAGAAAAUGAAGUUAUUUCAGCCGUAUUUGCCGUACACACAAAGUUGACUGCGGCUUUGCUAAUUCUGCCACUUAUGCCUCGUUUCCACUGAGCAGUAUGGUUCAGAAGGGUUAGAAUGGUCCAGCCUAUUCAGAUGAGCGUUUCCACUGCAAGUUGGACCGCCAGGGGGCAUGCGGGGUUUAGACCAAAUGCCUAGCGUGUCAUUUGUCGUGAGCGUUGACCUUUUCCUGUCCGCCAAUCAAUGGAUUGUAUAGUGUGGCGCCAGUAUUUUCGCCCUAACCGUAUUGUACCAUUUCCUAUGGACUUACAUCUGAAGGGGGCUCAGGAAUGGUGCGGUUUGGUUCGGUUGUAUGUGCUACUUUCAUAAUGGAAACACUCAAAAUAGAGUACCAGACCAUACCGACCCGAACCGUGAUCAACUUGUUACUGAAUUUCCUUAAUUUUUUGGAUCCAGUUACCUUGAAACGGCUCAUAGUUAUUAUCAAUAACCCAUAUAUAUAUAUAUAUAUAUAUAUAUAUACACACACACAUUGCGUGCGUAUAAAAGGUACUCUUGCAUUUGAGUAUCUAGAGUAAUUCCCCACAGAAAUAGAUUAAUGGGACAGUCAAAACCCCCAAAUCACUUUACUUCAGCUUAAUGAAGGGAUUAUGGGGGCAUCAGUGCUGCCACAGCUCCGUCAGAAGCACUUUGGGCAAAAGUUAUCACUCUUGAUACUUUCUCAUGAGGAGUCUAUAAUGGUGCUGAAUGAGGUUUGUUAAAGUGCAUUUUAAACGUGUGUGUGUGUGUACACUGUUCAUUAUUACUGACUGACCACAUUUGUUAUAUGACCAUGAUUUAAGUUAACAUUUUAUUAAUUUUUUAAAUAGUGUACUAUAUAGAGUGGCUAAAACUACAAUCAAUGCAAAUGAUCACUAUACAGCAGAGGCUAAACCAAAAGGAGAGUGGCUCAGAUCAGUUAGUAGAGGGUGUGUCUCACCUGAGGACACACUUACCUAUGUGAUCUGAGCCUGUCCUAUCUGGCUCUAUAAUAUGUAAAUGUGCAGCACCAGAUUGUAUAUACAUACUUAGACUAUAUUGCACCAUAUUGGUGGUUUUUUUUUUUUGUUUUGUUUAGACUCUGCUUAGUACAUUAGAUUAAGUGUUUCUUUUUAGCUCUUCACUUUAUGCUCUAAUGGUAGCUACGCAGUACACUAUCUUCUACCUAUGGUUUUGUGUGUAGUUAAAGGGAUUCUCAAGUGCCAGGAAAACAUUCGUUUUCUUGGCAUUGCAGGAUCUUCUAUUGCCCCUCUCCCUCCCACCCCCCCAUCCCAAGUUGCUUAAGAGGUUCAGUGACUUACCUCGGCACUGGGUCAGGCCCCGCCAAUGCACCUCCCCCGCUGACGUCACGCAUGCGCAUUAGACCUCCCCAUUGGCAAGCAUUAUACAAUGCUUUCCCAUGGGGAUUUCGGCGACGCUGGAGGUCCUCACAUAGCGUGAGGACGUCCAGCGUCGUUUUAAAACACUUUUCAUGUUCUAUGAACACUGAAUUCCCUCUAGAGCCACGCGCGCAUUCAGCCAGUCCAUAGGAAAGCAUUCUGAAUCACGGUGAGAAGCGCCUCUAGCGGCUGUCAAUGAGACAGCCACUAGAGGCUGGAUUAGCACAUUUGUAAACAUAGCAGUUUCUUUGAAACUGCUAUGUUUACAGCAGAAAGGGUUAAACCUAGAUGGACCUGGCACCCAGACCACUUCAUUAAGCUGAAGUGGUCUGGGUGCCUAUAGUGGUUCUUUAAGCACUCCUAUAUUGCAGAGAGUACUUUGUUUGUUUUAAAAAAAUAUUUUUUAUUUUUUUAUUCACGUUUGGCAUAUUGCAAUGAUUUACUUCUUCUAAUGUCGGUUUUGCAAGUGAAUGUCCAGAACUUUAAUUACAGUGUUCAUGCUAUGUCUUCACAGUUGUGAAUGCAGCACACUCUUUUUACAAUGGAACAACAACAUUGCCAAUAUCAGAUGAAGACCGGACACCACGUAAAAGAAUCAGUAAGACCCUUAACAUGACCACAAACCCUGAAGAGAAAAGAAAGAUAAUUGGGGACACCUUUGUAAAGGUAUUUGUAUAACCAAAAGAAAAUCAUAAUUAGAAAGGUUUCAUUUUGUCAAACCCUGUUAAUACCGAAGCUUGGUGGGCAGUUAAGUCAAACAAUGUUUUUGUAAAGAUCAGGCAUGGGAUAACAAAUACAAGUAAUGUAAUUGUUAAACUUUAUUCCGUACAAAUAACCCCCCAGUAUUUGGAUGAUGGUUGUAAGAGGAUAUAACAGAUCAAGAUUAAAAAAAAAAAUGGCUCUGCCAGUUCUCUAAUAAAAUUAGUUUGAACUAGCUCAGUAUUAAAAAACUUAUUACCAUAUAAAUACAAAAGAAAGUUAAAAAGUUGAGUAAUUUUAAUGAGCAAGGCUGUGACAUUAUUUUUCCUGGCACUAUAGGGUUAAUAGCCACCUCCCUCCCGUGGGGCUGAGGGGGUUAAAAAAAAUAAAAUUUUCAGCCACUUACCUGAAUCCAGCACUGUUGUUCCUAAGCGCUGGGUCAGGCUCCUCCCCCACCGACAUCAGUGCGGCAAUGGCGCUGCAAUAGCAUGCGUGCGCAGCAAUGGCCGUAUGCGCAUUAGACCUUCCUAUAGGAAAGCAUUAUUCAAUGCUUUCUUAUGGGGAAAAUAUGACGCUGGAGGUUCGUGAGGACGUCUAGCGUCAGAUAACGGACUAAAGGUCUGUUUAGAUUUCGGAAGCCCUCUAGUAGACGGCCACAUCAGGCAGACUUAGAGCUGCAAUGUAAGCAUUGCAGUUCUCUGGAACUGCAAUGUUUUACAUUGCAGCACUAAGUACCAAAGGGUCACAGCACCCAGACCACUUCAAUUAACUGAAGUAGUCUGGGUGCUUACAGUGUCCCUUUAACCCUAUUCCUGCCAACAAAUGCAUAUACACUAGCUUACAUACAUUUUGUAUUAAAAAUUAAGUGUAAAAUAAAAAUUAUUCAAAAAAAGUGCCUUUACCGUGCAGAGAAACUAAUUUCAUUCCAGGGCUUCAUUCUGUAUUACAUUUUUAUUUAUCAGUUUUGUCACUAACUAUAUUUUCAAAACAUAGAUUUAGUUGCUAUACUAAUGUAUUUCACAUCCGGUCUGGAACAUUGCAUAGUAAGUGAUACCAACCAUUUUUAUUACUGAAUGAAGAAAGUACAAUUUCAUAUUUUUUUUAUUUUUUUUUAGCAAUCUUUGAAAUGUUUUCUUACAUUUGAGUUAGCUUCCCUUAAGAUGUUUCAAAAUGAAUGUUAUCCUAUUUUAAUUAAAAUGAGCUUGGUACUAAAGGGGAUGUUUUAUUUUUUGGAUAAAUGUCUAUUUUUGUGUCAUGUCCCCUGUAGAUUGCCAUUUUAUUUUUGAAGUUUUCACUUUUUUAGGUGCACCUAGAUUUAAUUUUUUUUCCCUCUUCUAGAUUGCUAAUGAGGUUAUUGGUGAGCUGAACCUAAAGCCUGAAGAAGUCUUUCUUGCACAAGGGACAUUAAGGCCUGAUUUAAUAGAAAGUGCAUCUGCGCUUGUCAGUGUUAAAGCCGAAGUUAUUAAGACCCAUCACAAUGACACAGAGCUCAUCCGAAAGCUGAGAGAAGAGGUAAUGUCUGAUAAUAUUACCUGUGUUCAAUAAGGCCCUUUCCUGUGAUAAUCUAACUACAGUGAGAAAAUAAAUAAAAAUUUGAUUAGAGACCAAGCUUCAGAUGUACAGUUUAUCAAAGGAUAGGUUACUUGCCAGUGCUGCCCAUAUCUUUAUUAAGUGCCUACCUGCAGCUCAAAUAUUGUCACCUUAUUUGGUUUCAUGCAUACUGCUGCGUAUAUUUUCCAAAAUAUGUUUAUCUAGAUAUGACAAAUAUUUAGACUGCUACAUAAUCCUAAUUUGAUAUCUGUCUCUCAAAAGAAAAUGGAUCUGCAAGAUUCCCAUAUAAAUGAUUCAUGAAAAGAAUAAAUUUCUAUUAAAACUAUUGGUAGUAAAGGGUAGGAUUUCCCAAAAAUAGUGGACAAAAAAAAAUAUUGUUUUGGAAGACUUGUCAAUGCUGUAUGGCAAAAUAGUACUUUCCACAUUGUUCCACCUUUUUUUGCCGUUUAUAUAAAAGAGGCCUUUUAUGUAACAUUUAGUUCUUUAUCUUGUGUUGCAUUGUCUGACUGGUAUGUGAUGUGUAUAGUCAUUGGUAGAUCUCACUGCAGAUUCUGAAAUGAAUUUUGUUUGUGUUUUGUAGUUUUACUGUGUGUGAUCAUUUACGUGGUAGCCAAGAACAGCAAUUUUAACACAUGAAAAUGUAUUUCAUUAUGAAAGUACAAAAACCAUACAGUUCACUUUUCUAACCAAGUGUAGCUUCAGAAAAUGCUCCUGUUCCAUUUGCUUACCUAAUCACACAUUUUUAUUUAUUUUUUUGCCUUCAGGGUAAAGUAAUUGAGCCAUUGAAAGACUUUCAUAAAGAUGAAGUCCGAGUGUUGGGUAGAGAACUUGGUUUACCUGAAGAACUUGUCAGCCGACAUCCCUUCCCAGGUAAGUUUGGAAUUGUCUUGAAAACAUUACAUCAUGUUCUUGUCAGUUCCAAAAAAAAACUUCUUUCAAAUAGCUAUUUGUUGUUUUGGGGGUCAGGAAUUCUAUUUCUGCAGUUACAACAAGCUAUGUGCAACAAGAUUAUGCUGCGGGACUUCUUUUCCCCAUAACCUAUAGUAUGUCCCUUUUUAACAUGUAAUUUUUAUAAAUAAAUAAAACCGGAGUUGGAAAUAUUUGUUAAAUACUGGCGAUCAAUUAUGUUCUCUCUCCUGCUAGGUCCUGGACUAGCAAUCAGAGUGAUAUGCGCUGAGGAGCCUUACGUCUGUAAAGACUUUCCUGAAACCAAUAACAUAUUGAAAAUAAUUGCAGACUAUUCAGCAAGUGUUAAAAAGGUAUUUUGUCUUUUUUUCCAUUUAGAAACACUUUUUAUAAGAUUCAAUUGUACCCCAUAAAAUAUAAAUCAAGCAAAUUUUAGUAAAGUACAGUUACAGAGAAACAUUUGCAAUUAGGACAUUACCAAUCCUCUUGCUUUAUAAGUGAACUGGUUUUUGUAACCACAUAAGCUGAACAGUAUAUCAACUAGAUUACAGAUACACGCCCCAACCAUAACCUGUGCAGUUAUAGACAUAGCAGAGAUUUUUAAAUAGCAUUUACAAUCUUCCACAUGUGUGCAUAUAUAAUACACAGAUAUGUUUAUAGAUGUACAAGUAGAGAUUGUAGCCGUGUUAGUCUAGUGAUGUAGAUGUAAAAGACAUACAUUUUGUAUCUUGUAAUACCUUUUUUAUUGGACUAACAGAAUUUUUUAAUGGCAAGCUUUCGGGAGAACCUCCCUUUCUCAAGUCUGAAGCAUUUCUGAGCAAGAAGACACAUAGAAUUCAGAGUUGAAAAUAGGGGUUAAAGCGACAUGAGUGCAGAUAAGACACAGGUUUGAUUAGAAAAUAGACACCAUUCUCACAGAGGGUCAUAAAUAUCUUUCUGAAGAUCAGAGUGGUGGGGGGGGGGAAGAGAGAGAAAAAACCCACCACUAAGCAGACAGUGCAGAAGAUAGUACACUAUGUAUAUGCAAACACAUGAACACAUAUACAUACAUGCACAUGAACUUAUAUACACAAAUAUAAAUGCACAGUGUGUGUGUAUAUAUGUGUGUAUAUAUAUAUAUAUAUAUAUAUAUAUAUAUAUAUAUAUAUAUUAUAUAUAUUAUAUUAUAUAUAUAUAUAUUAUAUAUAUUAUAUAUAUAUUAUAUAUAUUAUAUAUAUAUUAUAUUAUAUAUAUAUAUAUACACACACACACAUAUACACACACAUGCAUAAGAGUAUGGGAAAGCAUAGGUCUACACAUAGUACUUUGUAUAUUGAUAGAAUAAACAUAUUGGAAUUUUAAAGUGUUGAUACAUAUGACAGAACAGUAAGAUAAUGUGGGGGAGUGUUCAUGUAAAGUGUUUGUAGUGGGACAGGAAACCUAAAUCAAUAUUUAGUCCUCUAUUCUUGCUGUUAAACCAGUGCCUUAGUUUAGCCAUUCAUCUCAAAAGCCCUUGGCUGCUGCCCUGAAACAUAUAUGCAUUUCAAUAAUUCUCUACCUGAAUUAUUGACAAGUAAAAAUUGGAUUUUGUUGUUUUACUCCAGUAAAUGCGUUUUUUAAAUAUAAUGUGAAAAUCAUGUUAAAGAUUGAUCAAUGUGUUGUUGAAACUCAUCGGAUUGUUCGUUUCUGUAGCCACAUACCCUUCUACAAAGAGUCAAAGCUUGUACAACUGAAGAGGACCAGGAGAAACUACUGCAAAUUACUAGUCUACAUUCACUAAAUGCCUUUUUGUUGCCCAUAAAAACUGUUGGAGUUCAGGUCAGUAGAAUUUUUUUUUUUUUUUUUUUUUUAGUGUGUUUUGUUUUUUUUAGUUUUGUAGACUUUGCAUUUUUCUUUUAGUGAUAUGGAAAUUGGUUCUAUGUCUGUUUUCAGGGGGACUGUCGCUCUUAUAGUUAUGUGUGCGGAAUCUCCAGUAAAGAUGCUCCCCAUUGGGAAUCUUUAAUGUACCUGGCUCGUCUCAUACCACGCAUGUGUCAUAAUAUCAACAGGUAGAUAUUCAGCAAAUUUCCAUAGCAGAGUCUGUGACUUUGUUUGGUCUCUUAGGUUUGAGAGUUGACGUCCUAGAGAUUAUUUAUAAGUGCAUUUGUCAUCUACAUUCAAUUUUGGCACUUCAAAUUUCUUAAACAAUUUCUUCAUUUUACUGUAAAUUCACCACCACACAAUAGUGUAUUACAGAUAAUAUAUUAUAAGGAAACUUUAUAGCAUUAUAGCACCAGCUAGUCCAGAUAAGUGUUUAUUGGGGUUUUUCAUGCUUCUUAAUUUUCAUUUAUUUUAUUUUGUUUGUAUUUCUUUUAGAGUUGUUUUUGUGUUUGGGUCACCUGUCAAAGAGCCUCCUACUGAUGUUACUCCUACCUUUUUAACAACAGGAGUGCUUAGUACGUUGCGGCAAGCAGAUUUCGAGGCUCAUAAUAUUCUGAGAGAGUCUGGUAAGUUGCCAUGAUCAUCUUUAAAGGAAAAAAAAGUAGUUUUUUUUUUUUGCUAAAGAUUGAUAUGCCUUUAUUAUGUUGGCAGAGUAAGUGAUGAGAACCGCACCCAGUCCCAACGGCCAAGGGUGCUCCAGAGCAGGACCAGCAAUCCCAGUACAAUAAUCCAAGAGGAAAAAACUCACAGGCACUCCAACUUCAAGCCGCAGGCAGAUUUAUUAUGACAGAAUGCAACGCAACGUUUCGACCGGAAAGGUCUUUUUCAAGAUUGAAAAAGACCUUUCCGGUCGAAACGUUGCGUUGCAUUCUGUCAUAAUAAAUCUGCCUGCGGCUUGAAGUUGGAGUGCCUGUGAGUUUUUUCCUCUUGGUUUAUUAUGUUGGCAUCAUCUUUGAUUUUAUUGCUAGAUCUGGACAGUACUGGGCAAAUAAAAGUGGCUGUUUUAAGUACUCUAGCAACUCCUGCCAACCCAAAUACAGUUGAUGAGUAUCUGUGAUUCAUCUUACAUCUCUUUUUAAAAUAAUUUUGCUCAAUUUCCAUUCAGCUAUCAGGCCUGGUAAAUUCUGAAAUCUGCAUUUUUGGUUUACACAUAGAAACCUGACAUCAUGUGAGAUAUUAGGUCACUUGGUGUAUUGAAAUGGAUAGGGCUGAGUAGAAUUGUAAAAAUGAUAAAAAUUAUUUCUGUCUGGAAAUAUGCCGUCUUCUUUACUUAUCUUAGUGUGUGUGUGACUGAGUUAGUCCAGUUCCCAAAUAGCAGUGAUUAAGGUUAAUGCCAGAUGGUGAGGAUCUAGUUACAGGUCAAUGAGCUUAGUGAACUUUAUGUCCAUGCAGUUUUAUAUUGUAUAGGGACAUCCAAGGGAAACUUGUUUGGAUUGGGUUCACACAAUGUUUCUAAACCUGUACAUAGUUAUGCGAUGAGUAAAGAAACUGAUAUAAAUAUGUGUAGUAAAUCAUAAGAAAUGUCAGCAAGAGAUCAUGUGGACCAUACACAAAUAUGCUUGCAGUCCAGUACUGUACAUAAACUAGAACUGUGCAUAUGAGUCAAGAUGUUUUUUUUUCCUUUUUUUUUCUUCUUUUUUUUUUUUCUCUACUGUUCAGAUAUUCUAAUGGGAAACACUUUUUUUUUUAAUGUUAAACAUUGUUUUUUUUAAUGGUAAUUGCUUUGAUUCUAGAACUGUACCCUAGAAAAUAUUUGUGAAUAACAUCAUUUUGUGUAUUCAGUGACAGUGAAUGUCUGAGAAUCUGAAUUUUGCUAACUCAUAUAUUCUAAUAUUACAAUAAGUCUCCCAUUAGCACAUUUUGUGGUCCUUCGUUUAUUCACUUCUCAUCAGCCUGGUGCAUUUUGCCAGUCUCCUUUCUUAUACCGGUGAAAGUAUUUUUUCCCUGUAGCUGUGUAAAUUAUUGCUUACUUAACUGUAAGUUGAGUGUUAUUGUAUUGCUUCCACAGGUUACGCUGGUAAAAUCAGCCAAAUGCCCAUCAUAUUAACACCUCUGCAUUUUGAUCGAGACCCUUUACAAAAACAACCUUCAUGUCAGAGAUCCGUAGUUAUCCGUACAUUUAUCACCAGCGACUUUAUGACCGGCGUUGCAGCAACCCCAGGCAAUGAGAUUCCAGAAGAGGUACUUUCCAUAGUUAACCUGCUUUCUUUUAUCAUUUAUUUCAUAUUGCCAAAUGCAAAUUUUGUGUUGUCCAUUCAUGUUUUCAAUGAACCUCAAUAGGAAUAUUUAAAAUAUUACAUUUUCUUGAAUUCCUUCUCCAUCAAUUCAAAGGAUCUCUCUAAGCACUACUACAGCUCUGCAUAAUUGCAUAGAGAGCAUGCAGCAGCCGCUCUGCUCUUUAGAGUUUUGUAAAAAUUGCUGCAGUUCUAACCCUAUCGGGCAGACCUGGAACAAGAGUGAUAAUUUUGCUUGCGGUGUAUGCACUCCACACACACAAUUUAGACUGAGCUCUCUCCUGAUAGAAAGCCAACAGCUAGCUUAACAUAACUUGGUUCACUAAUUAGUAUGCAAACUAAUUGCGGCUGCGAAUGUAAGAGGUGCGUGAAAUUCCUCAUGAGGAUAAAAUACUAAUAUUGUGUGCAAGGUUUUAUGGGACAAAAUUUUGUUCUUGGUAUGGGUGGGUUCUAUCCGGUAGCUGCUGCAAACAUACUAAAUUGUGCAACUGAAAGGAAAACUGAAAGGUAAAUAACUUUAUUUUUUUAAUACAAUACAGUGAGUAUUUUUACCCCACCAUGUUCAAAUUUUAAAAUAUGUUGUGUUUUUAGAUUUCUUGUUUCUGCAUUAAGCCAACAAAAAGUGAAGGCAAAUUUCAGACUGCUCCCAAAUCUUAGUUGUGUGAAUGGAACCUAAACGAUUUACUUUAAUUUGUAAAUUCUAUCUUUUUCCAACUCUCAGGUUGUGUUGAAGAUGGUCACUGAAAUUAAGAAGAUCCCUGGAAUAUCUCGAGUAAUGUAUGACUUGACAUCAAAGCCACCUGGAACUACUGAGUGGGAAUAAUAAACAUUUUCUUGUAAUCUGAUUUGAAAGUACUGUGUCCGGCUUUGAUAAUAUCAGAAACCAUUCCCAGUGUUGACAUGCAGUACUGUUGUUCAAUUGACUGGAGCUGCUACUGUACCUGACGUCUGAUUCCGUUCCCAGAGCCCAAACAUGCAGUAGAAGUGGUGGGGGAUACCUUAACGGGGCAGAGGAUUUGUACGGGUAUUUUAUCAUGGCAGCAUUGCCUGAGAGCAGACACACUCAUCUUGCUUUGCCGUUUUGUCUUAAGGAUUCUGCCUGAUUUAAUCAGUUUUUUUCUUUUUUUUUUUCUUGUUGCAGUCAUAUCAGUGUUUUUUGUUUUUUUUUCUUUUCAUAUUUUUUGUUUUUGUUUUUUGUCUUUGUAAACUACAAGAAAGGCAGUUCAUUUAUAUACAUCUAUCAAAUUCAUUGUAAUAGCCUAAAAAUGUAAAAUUAAUAACUGACGUGACCAACUGCUUUUGAACAGAUUUAUUAUAAAUAAAUAUUUUGCCAAAUGGAGUUGCAGAUGUCUUUGGAGUUGACUUUUUUCCCAUUUUGAGUUGGUUUUGUAUUUUUAAAAAAUAUAAACAAAAAUCAGAUAAGAUUAGUAUUAAUAGAAUUUGUAAAGUGUAUAUAGGUUGUUUUGGCUUUUUAUUAUAAGUUGAAAAUGAAAAGUGGUAAUUAUAAGGAGUGUGUAUAGCUAUGAAAUUCCAUACCUAGAGUUAUAUUGUGAAAUGCCACUACAACCGCUAUUAUCCUAUUUACAUACAUGCAUAACACACUGUGAGCUCUUAAAGGAACAUUAUAAAUACAUAUAUGCAAAAUGUUGGUGUUCCUGGUGGUUUUAUAUUCCUUUUUAAAAUGGUUUAAUCCCAAAGCUAGCCCCUGGCAUCAUGACUUCCUCAGUACCCCUUCCAUGGUGGAGCCCAGAAAGGUUUACCUUAGGGGCCAGAGAUGGCCCAUAUGGAAGAGCAAACAGGAGGCCUGGGCGCCAACUUCUGGGUUUAAUUGUUUAAUGCCUAAUGUUAAUUGUUAUGGGGGUUGGCGUCAUCCUGGAGUUUUCCUUUAAGGUGUAAUGCUUUUAGUGCAAAAUUCAAAGAAUUCUGUAUUAUGAGGUUAAAGGGAGAACAUCUGCUUUUCUGGUAAUUACAUCAAUGAAUGAAACAUUGAACAUCACCUAUAACUUGUAAACCUUUAUUUAUGUAACUGAUAUCUUUUAAAUGUGUAUUGAAGUCCUAACAAAAGCCACCACAAUACAAUCCAGUAGUGGCACAACCAGGUUGCACAUUGCAUUGGAGGAGAAGCUGAAAUGUUGGUAGAGGAAGGGUUAUUUGAAAGUAGUGCAAAGUUCUAAAUGUGGAAUAAACUCCAAUGGAAUGUGCUUUGGUUUCCUUAACUGCAUGGCCCAACUUUGAUAUGUCUCCCCUGUUGUUUCUCCUCCUCCUCCCUCCAUGCUCACUACCUGGUACAAAAUCCAAAGCUCAUAUUUUUUGACAGGAGGCAAAGAUGGUGACAUUCGGUUCCAGUAUAGAAUGGUGUGUAUUUCUACAUUUAAUUUCUUUAGACCUGACAGACCUUUGUUAAAUGUUGGGGAUAAAUAAACAUACUAAAAAACCUGGGCAGUUUCUCUUUGACGCAUGUCUGGACUUAACAAUAUGUCCCUUUUUAGAUGCCUAUUAUCUUAAUGAAAAAUAUAAAAAACUUUAAUGUUGUUUUUAACUGCUAAUAAAAACAAUCUACAAAUAUUUUUGACAGGCAGUGUGGAUUUUUAUUUUAUGUUGUAAUGCAUCGUCUGCAUUUUUCUUUUUUUCUUGUGCAACACCACUCGUUCAUAUAUGAGAAUAGCUAUGUCUGCUGUGUAUUCAUCUCCCCAACAAAUGAUUUGGAUCUGGUCAAACAUGCACAGUGCUGCCACAUUCCUCUGCAUUGAUGGAAAAAUAUAUUCUGAAGCAUUGGUGCAAGUGAAUUCAGGAAUGAAGAUUGCAAAAUAUUAGAAGGGGAAUGGAGAAUGAUACAGUAGACCCUGGAAUAGGCAAGAAAGGGUUGUAAUCUCAGCAGACUGAAUAUAAAUCUGUUUAAUACACGGGUAUAUACUUUGAAAAUGGUAUGUUUAAUUGCUAGAGGAUGAAAGAAACAUGCGUCCGUGGUAAAGGACAUUUUAUAAAUGUUAUAGUAGAUUAUAGUUAAUUGUGCAUACUAGGAAUGUGAUGG